AUGGCGGAAGUGCAGGAGCAGGGAGGAAAAUCAAGUGAGGAGUUUACAGAUGAGUCUGAGGAGGAAGAGAGUGAGGAGGAGCCGAAGCUGAAGUACGAGAGGCUCGCAAACGGUGUGACUGAGAUCCUGCAGAAGGAUGCAGCCAGCUGUAUGACCGUCCAUGACAAGUUCCUCGCUCUUGGAACACACUUUGGUAAAGUCUUCCUCUUGGACAUCCAGGGAAACAUGACCCAAAAGUUUGAGAUUAGCUCGGUGAAGAUCAACCAGAUCAGCCUGGACGAGAGCGGGGAGCAUGUGGGCAUCUGCUCCGAGGAUGGGAAGGUGCAAGUGUUUGGCCUGUAUACAAGAGAAGGCUUCCAUGAGAACUUUGACUGUCCUAUCAAAGUUGUAGCUUUACACCCGCAGUUCAGCAGAUCUAACUACAAGCAGUUUGUUACGGGAGGAAAUAAGCUACUUUUAUAUGAAAAAAACUGGUUGAAUCGUUGGAAGACGACGGUUCUUCAUGAAGGCGAGGGCACUAUCACCAGUAUUCAGUGGAGGACGAACCUUAUCGCAUGGGCCAACAAUGUGGGAGUGAAAAUAUAUGACAUUGGCACUAAACAAAGAAUUACAAAUGUACUGCGGGACAAUGUGAGCCUGAGGCCUGACAUGUACCCAUGUAGUCUCUGCUGGAAAGAUGACACCACUCUGAUCGUGGGAUGGGGAUCCUCUGUAAAGAUCUGUGUUGUAAAAGAGCGUAAUCCCACUGAAAUGAGAGACCUUCCCAGCCGCUAUGUAGAAAUAGUUUCUGCUUUCGAGACAGAGUUCUUCAUCUGUGGCCUGGCGCCUCUGGCAGAUCAGCUGGUUUCACUGUACUUUGUGAAGGAGAGCUCUGAGAACAUGGAUGAAGACAUUCGUGCAAGGCCUCGUCUUGACAUCAUCCAGCCCCUUCCUGAAGGAUGUGAGGAGAUCUCCUCCGAUGCUCUGACUGUGCGCGACUUCAAAAACAAUGAGUGCAGGGACUACACACUGGAGCAUUCUGAAGGAGAGUCGCUCUUCUACAUCAUCAGCCCUAAAGACAUUGUUGUGGCCAAGGAGCGAGACCAAGAUGACCAUAUCGAUUGGCUGCUUGAAAAGAGGAAAUAUGAGGAGGCUCUCAUGGCGGCAGAAAUUAGCUUCAAAAAUAUCAAGAGGCACGACGUAAAGAAAAUUGGGAUGUCUUACAUCAAUCACUUGGUAGAAACGGGAGACUAUGACGGCGCUGCAAGAAAAUGUCAAAAGGUUUUAGGCAAAAAUAUGGAGCUGUGGGAGAAUGAAGUUUACAGGUUUAAGACAAUUGGACAGCUAAAGGCAAUUAGCCAAUACUUACCCAGAGGAGAUCUGCGUCUCCGUCCUGCCAUCUAUGAAAUGAUCUUGCAUGAAUUUCUAAAAACUGAUUAUGAGGGCUUUGCUACACUUGUAAGAGAAUGGCCUGGAGAACUGUACAAUAACAUGGCCAUUGUCCAAGCAGUCACAGAUCACCUGAAGAGAGAUCCCGCUAACAGCACUUUGCUCACCACUCUGGCUGAACUCUACACAUAUGACCAGAGAUAUGACAAAGCCUUGGAAAUAUAUUUAAAACUGAGGCACAAAGACGUGUACCAACUCAUUCAUAAGCACAACCUUUUCUCCUCCAUUGAAGAUAAGAUUGUGCUUCUUAUGGACUUUGACAAAGAGAAAGCUGUAGACAUGCUCCUUGACAAUGAAGACAAAAUAUCUAUUGACCGUGUGGUGGAGGAGCUGGCGAACAAACAUGAAUACCUGCAUGUGUACCUUCAUAAACUUUUCAAGCGAGAUCACCACAAAGGACAAAAAUAUCACGAGCGACAGAUUGGACUGUAUGCAGAGUACGACCGACCAAACCUGCUUCCUUUUCUUCGAGACAGCACACACUGCCCCCUGGAGAAGGCUCUGGAGAUUUGUCAGCAGAGGUGCUUUGUAGAAGAAACGGUUUUCCUUCUCAGUCGAAUGGGAAACUGUAGAAGAGCUCUGCAGAUGAUUAUGGAGGAGCUUGAAGACGUGGACAAGGCCAUAGACUUUGCCAAAGAACAAGAUGAUGCUGAACUCUGGGAGGAUCUUAUCUCUUAUUCCAUUGAUAAACCACCCUUCAUCACAGGCCUCUUGAAUAACAUCGGAACACAUGUGGAUCCUAUUCUGCUUAUCCACCGCAUUAAAGAGGGAAUGGAGAUCCCAAACCUUAGAGAUUCCUUGGUUAAAAUUCUUCAAGAUUACAAUUUACAAAUUCUCUUGAGGGAAGGUUGUAAGAAGAUCUUGGUAGCUGACUCCCUUUCGCUUCUUCAGAAAAUGCACAGAACACAAACAAGAGGUGUUAGAGUGGAUGAUGACAACAUUUGUGAGUCAUGUCAUGCAACAAUACUACCCUCAGACAUUACUAGAACCUUCAGUGUGACAGUGUUUCAUUGCAGACACAUGUUUCAUAAAGAGUGUUUACCGUCUUCAGGAAGUAUAGUUGGUGUUCAGUUUUGUAACAUCUGCAGUGCAAAGAAGCGCGGACCAGGAAGCGGAAUAUUGGAUAUGAAGAAGUAG